AUGCCCAGCGUAACCCUCAAAACCCUGCCAGCCGUUCUGGCCCUCCUCCUCCUCGCCUCCCCAGCAACGGUUCUCUCCGCACCAGUCAACACCAUCAACCGGAGACAAUCCAACUGGGACGCAAGUGGCGCCACGCACGCAGGCUCAAACAUCGACGCCGGAAUCCCCGGCGGUCCAUCCUACGGAAACAACAACUUUUUCUCAAACGAAUACUCCAAGUCCCACGGCUACCCUAACUCUGGAAACCCGUCCAACUCCCAAUCCGGGCACACAGAGGCCGGCUCAAACACCAAUGUCGGCAUCCCUGGCGGUCCCUACGUGAACCUGGGCAACUACUUCGAUAACACCUACUCGAAGUCGGAGACAUAUACCCCUCCUCCGCCCCCUCCUGCUACAUCGAACCCGCCUCCUCCUCCCCCGCAGCAAGAAGAGGUCCCAACACCUUCUCAACCGCUGCCCCCGCCACCAACUUCGAACCCUCCCACUGUGAACGAGUACACUCCCAUUCCGGUGGUCCCCAGCCCACCUGCAAGCGAGAUCCCCGCUCCCCCGGUUGUUCCCCAGGAGCCUGAGGAAGUCGGAGCCUGCACCGUCCCGGAGCUUGAAUAUGAACCCGAGCCUGAGCCGGUGAUCGUCCCUGAACCUGAGUAUCCGGCGAGGACCGAGGCGAAGCCUGUGCAGGGGUGUUCAUGCGCUUAG